AUGAAAAAUUCACAUAAACUAGGAGAUGUAUUUUAUCAGUAUGAAUUAGACAAUCAUAAAAAUGACAUUUUAAAAUUUAAUGAUUCUUCUGUCAACAACUUUAAUAAAAACAAUUCUCUUGCUGUUUUCAUCCACAUAAAAGAUAGCAACAGUGUUUAUGGUGGAAUUAUUCAUAAUGACAAGUCAGUACUAUUUUGUAAAGAAAAGAAUAAAAAGACUCUCCAAAUUAAAUCAAAGGGAAAGAUAAUAAAAGGAUUUAUUAAGGCAUUUAGUAAUAAUUCUAAUCCUGACACAGAUAUACUCUUUAAAUUUAAUGAGGCGUUUGCAGUUGCUAAAACUAAAGGGUCAGAUGAAUUACAUCUUCAUUUUGAAAAGAGCAGUGAUUGUUAUGAAGGUUAUUCAAAUUUCAUAAUACUUGAAGACCAAAACACAAUUCAAAGAAUCACAGCAUAUAACUUAGACUUUUUUAUUUAUCCUUUCAUUUACUAUCAAAGAAUAAAAAAUAACCCAAGAAGUAUACAAAUACAACAUAAAGACCAUACACACAAUAAAAGGAAAAAUUCAUAUUACUCAAUAUAUCCGAGGUUGGUUGGUAAUGAGAAUAGAUAUUAUUGUCAUUCAUUUACCUUAUUUUAA